AUGGCCAUUAUAGGAAUUCCAUCAGCAAAAGAAACUGGGAUUGCUGGCCGCCUAAUUAUUGAGUUAACCUCAGGUUUCAAACUUGCUAAGACGAGAAGAACUGUCACCUGUUCCCGCUUAAUCACUGAGAUGGUCUUUUAUUCAUUUCCAUUAUUGAAGCUGAUCCAGUAUGCUGAAAAACAUUCUGUUUUCUCAUUCACUGUUUCCGUCACUGUUGCCCUUUCACACUCACAGCAAGCAGAGGCAAAUUCUUAUAUGGUAUCAGAGCCAAUUAUGGAUGAAUCCUUCAAUACCAGCCAAACCACUCCUCCAAACCCACCGCCAAACACCAUUCCUGCACAACCAAACACCAAUUCGUCAGGAGCUGUUUCUCACGACCCAACGCAGCCCACCAGUCCUUAUUAUAUUGGCAGCAGCUAUGGUUCAGGUGCAAUGCUUGUCACGCACAUCUUUGACUCCAGCAACUAUUAUUCUUGGGCCAGAUCUAUGAAAAGGGCUUUGCGGAUUAAGAACAAGCUCGAGUUCAUUGAUGGUACCAUCUAUGAACCUUUUGACCCCAAUGAUCCUCUAAUGGAACAUUGGCUGAGGUGCAAUGACAUUGUGAUCACAUGGAUGCGGAACACAAUGGCAGUUGACAUCAAGUCUAACACUACAUAUGCAGAGACUACAUAUCAGUUUUGGCUGGAGCUGGAACAACGUUUUGCUCAGAAAAAUGCUCCAAGGAUUUUCGAGGUUGUUGUUCAGAAUCAGCAAAGGGACUGUGUGAUGAAAUUCUUAAUGGGGCUCAAUGAUACUUAUAAGGCUAUUAAGGCACAGAUUCUGCUAAUCAAGCCUUUUCCCAGCCUGAAUGAAGUUUACUCUAUUAUUCAGCAAGAGGAAAAGAGAUGA